AUAAAAAUCCCCGACUUGCUCAUCAAAUCGCACAGUUCACAUCGAGCUCUUCUAACCAAACAUCCAAACCACCCGCCUGUGUAACGCCAUGAAGGUUUUCAUUGCAUUGUUCGUCGUCGCUUUGACAGCGGCAACACAAGCGUCCUAUCUGCCAACUGCCGGACUUGGAUGGAACUCCUGGAACGACUGGAACGAUUGGGAUGACCACCACGGUGUUGCUGGUUAUCCGUACGCUAAAUCUUGGUCUUCCUCCUUGUACAACGACGACGGCUGGAAUGGUCAUUUUGGCUCUUGGGGACUGCCGUGGGGAAGCUAUGGUGCCGGUUGGGGACAUUCCGGACUAGUCAAGAGCGUCGUUCCGGUGGGAAAUCAGAUUGCCGCCACUCCGGGAUCGUUACACGUUGCUCCGGUUCCACUCGGUCCAGCGCAGGAAGUGAUUACGCACUAGAGAAGAUAAGAGAGUCGAUGUGAUUGUGCUUUGAAAAGGAUCAUUUCAAAAUCAGAAAUUUUUAAGAAACCUAAGGUAAAAAUUCAAAAUAAUAUGUAUUUAAUUUCAAAACAGUAAUCUCAAAUGAUAGCUAUUAUAAUGUUACAAAUAAUUUCAAAGUUUUACGGUACAUCAAAAAUGCCAGAAAUUACAA